AUUCGGUGCUUUAAGGUGUAGUAAGUUCAAAUAUGAAGUAUACUUCUAUAUUAAUAUUAUUGCUAUUAUCGAGCUACUUGGUAUUGGGCCAAAGAGUGGAUAUAAAGGACUUUAUUGGAGCAAUUAGUGAGCAUCAGGAAAUUCCCGUUCGAACUGCGCUAACUCCAUCCACUAAAGUAGAAGCUCCAAUAAAAAGAAUUAUCGGUGGAGAGAUCGCAACUCCUCACGACUAUCCAUACCAAGUAGCAUUAUACAUAUACGUUCAAAUUACAUUGUAUUUUUGCGCUGGUACUUUAAUAACUCCUGAAUGGGUACUGUCAGCCGCUCAUUGCAUUAACUAUGCAACACAAAUUCUGGUAGUUUUGGGCUCUCACGACCUAAUGGUAGAAGAAGACUCCAGAAUAAUCUAUAACACCUCAACAUACGUGAUUCAUAAAGAUUGGACGUCAAGAACUUUUCAAAAUGAUGUGGCGUUAAUACGGUUGCCCGAAAAUGUAACAUUGAAUAACUUUAUUAACACUAUACCAUUUACUCAUAGUAAGAACAGUUAUGAUGGGGAAACUGGAAGGUGUUUAGGAUGGGGUAGGACUACUUCAGAGGCAUCCCGAACUGUUCUACGAUUUGUGGACCUCGAAGUGAUAUCUAAUGAUAAAUGUAUAUCAUACGAAGAUUACGUGCCGUAUAUUGUUGAUCAGCAUUUAUGUACGUCAGGUAUAGGCAUCGUUGGAUCUUGCAACGAAGAUUCCGGUGGACCUCUUGUAGUGAACGGAACCCAAAUAGCGAUCGUUUCCUUUGGAGUGGUGAAUUGUUCAGCAGGAAUUCCUUCAGUUUACGUUCGACUUUCGUAUUUUGCCGACUGGAUCGAUGAAGCAAUGGAAAAUUUUACAAGAUCCGAUGAUUACAGCAAUGCRAACCSUUCUAGAGAAUGGUCAAUUUAUGCCUUACUAGCAGCCGUGCUUUCAACUAGACUAUAAUAAUCUAGUUCCUUUUAUUCAGACUAUUAUUUUAGUUAUCCUUGUGCUSUUUCCUUCCUUCAUAUGGAAUACCCUACSUACAGCUAAUAAAUUUACUKAUUUUAAUACUAAACCGCAGAAAAAUCGAUUACAGAAAGAUGAUCACUUUCUACGUCGAAUUUAACAUGAGAUAAUGUUUUAUCUUGGGACAACCRGCAAACGGUUUAUUGCCAUAGGGUUUAAACCUCCGCACAGGGUGAUUUUCGUAGACCGUGCAAUAAAAGUUUUCCAACUUAGUUGUAGAAACUUCAAAUUUUGUUUCCGGUGAUAACCAGUAGUGCCGAAACCAUGUACAAUACAUUCAGCCCUCUAGCUAUACAGGGUGUACGAAAAUUGUAACCUGACUUUCUUAUUUUAAAUACAAUCUCCAAUUCGAAUUGCGAGUUUGGGCCACUCUAGUUCUGUUAACUUAUCUUAU